AUGAAGACUUCCACGCUGAUCAGUUCGGUUGCGCUGGGCUUUCUGCCUGGCGCAAUCGCUGCCCCGGGCGUUUCCAGCUCCGAUGAUAUCACCUACGCGAUCGUGGAACGAGCCCUGCCUAACGCGCCAGAUGGAUACACCCCUGACAAUGUGACUUGCCCGGCCACCCGACCGAGCGUGCGCAGUGCUGAGAAGCUCUCUUCGAACGAAACAUCAUGGCUCGAAACACGCCGCAACAAGACGCUGUCGGCGAUGAAGGAUUUCUUCGGACAUGUGACAGUCGGCGAUUUCGACGUUGUCGGAUACCUCAACGACAACGCGAACAAUGUUUCGGCUCUGCCUAAUGUUGGUAUUGCUGUCUCGGGCGGUGGUUACCGUGCGCUUAUGAACGGCGCUGGUGCCGUUAAGGCCUUCGAUAGUCGCACUGAGAAUGCUUCUACUAGUGGUCAUCUGGGUGGUUUGCUGCAGUCUUCUACCUACAUUGCUGGUCUCAGUGGUGGUAGUUGGUUGCUUGGAUCUAUCUAUAUUAAUAACUUCACUACCAUUGCUAAUCUGCAGACGCAUAAAGAUGGUGCUGUUUGGCAGUUUGGAAACUCCAUUUUGGAGGGCCCUGAUACUGGUGGUAUCCAGCUUUUGGAUUCUGCCAGUUAUUAUACGGAUUUGAUCGAGGCUGUUAAUGGGAAGAGAGAUGCUGGUUAUGAUGCUUCUCUCACUGAUAUCUGGGGUCGUGCUCUCUCUUAUCAGAUGUUCAAUGCCAGCAACGGAGGUAUCGACUACACCUGGUCUUCCAUCGCCGAUACCAAGGACUUCCAGGAUGGAAACUACCCUAUGCCUCUGGUUGUUGCGGAUGGCCGUAACCCCGGUGAGCGUGUCAUUGGAAGCAACUCCACUGUCUACGAGUUCAACCCUUGGGAGUUCGGUACCUUCGACCCAACUGUCUUUGGUUUCGUUCCUUUGCAGUAUCUCGGCUCUCGUUUUGUUGGUGGUUCACUCGCUAGCAACGAGACCUGUGUCCGCGGCUUCGACAGCGCCGGUUUCAUCAUUGGAACCUCUUCUACUCUCUUCAAUCAGUUCAUCCUCCAGAUCAACACUACCUCGCUCCCCGACUUCUUGAAGAACGUCUUCACCGACAUUCUGGGUAAGCUCGACAGAGCUGAUGACGAUAUCGCAUCAUACGACCCCAAUCCCUUCUUCCACUACAACAAUGACACCUCCCCGUACGCUGGCCAGGAAAUCCUAGACCUUGUCGACGGUGGCGAGGAUUUGCAGAACAUCCCCCUCCACCCCCUCAUCCAGCCUGAGCGCCAUGUCGAUGUCAUCUUUGCCAUCGACUCCUCCGCCGACACAACCUACUACUGGCCCAACGGUACCGCUCUCGUGGCCACCUACGAGCGCAGCCUGAACAGCAGUGGUAUCGGCAACGGCACAGCCUUCCCUUCGAUCCCCGACCAGAACACCUUUGUCAACUUGGGUUUGAACACCCGCCCAACAUUCUUCGGCUGUGAUAGCUCCAACCUGACCGGCACUGCCCCCAUUGUCGUCUACAUCCCCAACUCUCCUUACUCCACUUACUCCAACGUCUCUACCUUCCAACUGAGCACCGACGAUGAGCAGCGUGAUAACAUUAUCCUGAACGGUUACGAGGUUGCCACCAUGGCCAACAGCACUCGUGACGGCAACUGGACUACCUGCGUUGGCUGUGCCAUUCUCAGCCGCUCAUUCGAGCGUACUGGCACUACCCUCCCUGAUAUCUGUAACACAUGCUUUGACCGCUAUUGCUGGAACGGCACUGUCAACUCAACCGAGCCAAACACUUACGAGCCCGUUACUUUGUUGGCCGAUAGCGCCGCCUCGGCCAUUCUACCUACCAUUGUUUCCACAGUGGUCGCUUCCGGUAUUGCCAUGUUCACCAUGCUUUAG